AUUGUCCUCUUGGGCGGGAGGAGCAUGAUGAGUAGGAUAUAAUCUGUUUCUUGAACAAAAUCUCACAUUAAUAAAAUCUCGCUUCAACACUAUUUGAUUCCCCUUUGUGGUUUUCUGGAAUUUUCUUCAAUUCUUCUGAUACAUAUAGAGAGAAAGAGAAAAAGACUGAGCGAGAGAGAGAGAGAGAUGGGGAAUCCGAAGGUGAAGUGGACGUCGGAGGAGGAAGAUGCCCUAAAAGCCGGUGUGGCCAAGCACGGUUCCGGAAGGUGGAAGAAUAUCCUUAGGGAUCCUGAAUUCGCCCCAGUUUUGAUUAAUCGCUCUAACAUCGACCUCAAGGACAAAUGGCGAAAUAUGUGUAUUUACACUGCUGCACAAGGCUCUAAAGAUAAAUCUAGAGUUGCUCGUGCAAGACCAAUGGCAAUAGAUGCACUUGUGCCUUCCACCGCUCGAAGUCUUCCGGCUAUUACUUCAGCAUUCGAGAAUGAAGCCAUUGAUGAUUCUCCCAAAGGCCCACAAGAAGGCUUGAAUGCUCCAAAGUAUAAUGAUAUGAUCUUUGAAGCUAUGUCAUCCAUGAAGGGUUCAAAUGGAUCUGAUCUUGGUGCCAUUGUGGGAUUUAUUGAGCAACGACAUGAAGUACCACCAAACUUUAGAAGGUUCUUGAGUUCCAAGUUGAGAAGACUUGUUUUGCAAGGAAAACUUGAAAAGGUCCAGAACUGCUAUAAGAUGAAAGUUGCAACAUUAGAAACCAAAGUACCUACUCCAAAACAAAAUGAUGUCCGGUCAUGGCCAGUUCCAAAUUCGGCUGUAAAAUUCUCCUGUGGAACAGCAGAAGAAGCUGCUAGGAUUGCUGCUGACAAGAUUGCUGAUGCAGAAGAUAAACGUUGCUUGGAAGUUGAAGCAGUCAAAGAUGCAGAAAUGAAGUCAAAAAUGGCUGAGGAAGCAGAGUCAAUGUUACUUCUUGUCAAAGAGAUCUAUGAACAAUGUUCACGAGGUGAAAUUGUUCUCUUGGCCUGAUCACUAUGUGCAAUGGUUUGUAUAUACUGCUCGUUGAGAUGCUGAAAUGCUUUUCAUUGUCUGAUAGCAUUGGGUUCCAAACUUAAGGGUGCCAACCAAUUUAAUUUCCUUUAGAAGUAUACUUGAGAAAAAUGGAGCUUCAGAGACGACGAUCGUUAAUAUCUUGUGUAUCCUACCCAUUUAAGCUCUUUAGUACAGGCUAUAGGUAUGCUCUUACAUUGAAAUUUCACUAAAUUCUUUUCAUACAUUUGCUAUUGAACUUUUCGCUUAUGUUUUAGCGAGAGGAAGCUGUAUGGAUGAUAAAUUUUUUGUUACUAGACAUAAUCAGUCAGCUCUGUGGAGAUUGUUUUGCAAUAACUUGGCAUACUAGUUAAAUUCUUUCUAU